UUUUUUUUUAUUUUUUAUUUUGUAAAUUGUAUUUUCGCAUAUCCGUAUACCUAUAGUACAUUCCUAUAAUGGCAUCUAAACAACAAGAAAUACCUACAAUAUAUUUGAAUGCUGAAGAUGAUUUAGCCAUGUCCUUGGAUCGACAAAUCAAAGCCCAAUCGCCACCAUUGGAUCGUCUCGAGUCACAUUCACCCAGUCCGACCAUCGAGAGUAUGAAUAGUAUAAGUAGUAGGAAGACAAUCACACCAGGUAAACCAUCGCAACAGUCAUCGCUCUUUGUCCUUUUGACAUGUCCAGAUAUGGCGGAAUAUUUGAUCCGAUAUGAUUUAUCCGAAGAAAUGUAUACACUCCCCCUUCCUUUAUCCACCUUACUCAUUGAAGCCAAAGAAGAAGUCAUUGCCAAUCAACAGAUGCCUUGCAAAAGACUAUCCGCUCGAUACAGUGCGCUUCAACGACUACAUACACUGCGUGAUUACCUCUGGGCAGCUUCCGGACAUGAUAUCAGCAAUAUGAUGCCAAUAUUAGAAGUGUUGAUCAACAAUGAAGACCAAUUACAGAAUAUCAUUCAUCCCUCUGUUUAGUUUAAAUGAUUCUACUUUUUUUUUUUUAUUAAUAAACAAAUGACUUUAUAUAAUCCA